GGGGAUACAUGUAUUGCCGCUGGCGGUAUGGGGGUUAGUUUGCCCUUUGCAGUCAAUGACAAAGAUAACACAUCUGCCCUUUUUUCAGACAGUACAUCAAUAAAGCACGCUGGGAAAGAUAAUCUGUAUACUGACAGCAGCUUGGAUGAUAAAGAGGCAAAUGGUGUCGGUCACAUUAAAUUAAAUUCAUCUAACUUUGCUGCAUUUCAUGAAGGUAAUAAUCUCAUUGCAGAUGCGAUCACCGGUGGUACACCUAUAGCUGAUGAACUUGCUGGAACAAAGAAUUUGUCGUCUGUAUGUGAAUGGCAUCGAAUACGUGUCCAAUUAGUUAACAAAUGUUUGAUAGAUAGUAUUAGUGGCCGGACUCCGCUCAUUUAGGUGGCCGCUGCAGUUAUUGCCACCACUAUUGAUGAAGCAGAUCCAGCACAAACAAUUGGCAAAGUGGUUUGUCAUAGAGACUUGCAAAAAAUUGGUAAAUGAAUGAUCACUCGGUUCUUUGUUUAUUGAUCAGCAGAUGCCUCUAUCGGCUCUUUUUAAGUGUUUGGAAGAGCUCAGCUCCACCAGCUAUCUGUGGAUAGCCAGACGAGCUAUUGAAUGGUUUUUUCACUUUGCAAGUAUUGAAUAUAGUGAAGCAUUGAGUUCAGUAAUAACGGAUAGAUGUGUGAAAGUCCAUUUUCCGGCUGCGGGAUCAAGGUCAUUCAUCCACGCUAAAAUGCAAUUGAUAUCUGCCUCCUUUCAUGGUGAUAUCAACACUGAAUUGAGCAUGAAGCAACUACCAG